AUGUUCCUCUACAUGCUGAUCUUCAUGGCGUAUCAUAGUAGCAGAUGGAUACCAAGGCACAAGCGGUUAAAAUUUCAAACAGUGAAUGCAGUGUUCAUAGCAAUUGUUCUGGUUCCUCAGUUCUACGUCCUGGCAAGGCCCAAAUCCUCCAGAUACUGCAGGCAGCCUCUUCUAAACAACCUGUCAGCCUCCGUUGCCUUAUCCAUUAUUGCUUCAGGUUUUGCAGUGACAUUCACGUUGUUAGAGCCAGUGCCUCAGAGCUUGUGGGCUUCCUAUCAUGUGUUUGGGCUGCUGUCGUGUGGACAAGGACUCUGCACCGCUAUCCUGACUCUGACGGCCGCAGCAUGUGCCAAAACGACCCCGGAGCUGUACUACAUGUCUCUCAUCCUAACAGUCGCCUCUAUUUUCAGCACAGGUUUUUACAUGGUGAGAGGAGGACUGUGGCUGACUAACAGGCGGCCUGUGACUGAAGCAGAGCAGUAAAAGAGUCCAGCU